AUGUCGGGACUAGAUUUAGAACUUGUCUGCCAUUCCUUAUGCAUAGAUCCCAAGUUCCGACCAGUGAAGCAGCCACAAAGGAUCUUUGAGCCAGAAAUAACUCUAAAGAUCAAGGAGGAAGUAGAGCGACUUUUGAAAGUAGGCUUCAUUAAACCUAUAGCGCAUCCUCAGGGGCUUGCCGAUGUGGUCCUUGUAAAGAAGAAGAACGUACAAUUGAGGUGUUGUAUCGAUUUUAGGGACCUAAACAAAGCCUGCCCAAAAGAUGGGUUCCCUCUUCCCAACGUAUUGAUAGACUCAACCACGGGACAUGAGCUCUUCUCCUUCCUAGAUGCCUAUAGUGGAUACAACCAAAUCUUCAUGGAUCCUGCAGACGCACCCCACACGGCCUUCAAGACACCCAUAGGGAACUUCUAUUACAAGAUGAUGCCCUUUGGCUUGAAGAAUGUCAGGGUCACAUACCAGAGGGCAAUGACUAGCGUCUUCAACGACAUGAUCCAUAAGGAAAUUGAGUUUUACGUAGAUGACGGUUGUCAAAGCAAGGAAAAGAGAAGAGCACUCAGAGGUUUUGAGAAAGGUGUACAAGGUGCAGAGAAUUCAAGUUGA